CUACACAAACAUCAAUUAUCACCCAGACACCUGGGGUGGUGAUGGUGAAGGCUGGUGAUACAGUGACCUUGAAAUGCCAUUUGAGUGAGCUUAUGAUCUACUGCUUCUCUGUGAGUUGGACAAAAGUGGACCCCAGGACUGGAACACAGUGCUUGAGUACAAACUUAAAGGUUGAUAACAUUUCAGAUGAAGGGAAUUGGGACAAACAAUGUUCUGCUACAAUCACCAAUGCAAAAGUGAGCGACUCUGGCAUGUACUACUGUUUGGCGGUCCACUCCCAAAUGGUGCACACUGGCAAUGGUUCUAAAGUUAUUAUUUUGGCAGGUAAUUUAAUGUCUUGUAUGUUCAUAUUUAUUCACAAAGCUGACUAAAACAGAAAAAUAUAUUGUGCUAAAAAACGAAAAUGUAUAUAACAAAAUAUAAUGAUAUAAACCUUUAAAAAAUAAACACAAAACUGAUUGUUAAAUCUAAAUUAAACUAUAUAUAUAUAUAUAUAUAUAUAUAUAUAUAUAUAUAUAUAUAUAUAUAUAUAUAUGUGUGCAAAGCUGUCACCAAGGCAAAGAGUGGCUAUUUGAAGAAUGUCAAAUAUAAAAUAUAUUUGGAUUUGUUGAACACUUCUUUGGUUACUACAUGAUUAUUUGUGUUAUUUCAUAGUUUUGAUGUCUUCACUGUUAUUCUACAAUGUAGAAAAUAGUAAAAAUAAAGGAAAACCCUUGAAUCAGUAGGUGUCCAAACUUUUGACUGGUAGUAUAUAUAUAUUUCUUUGAUCAUAAAUCCAGUCAUUGUUUUAUUUAAUUUUAAAUAACCACUUUACCAGGAAGAUAACCAAGUUGGUAAUUCUUAAUAAUGUAAUUGUUUAAAAUUAUGACCAUUUUGUCCUUAGAAAGAGUGAGGGAAGGGAACAGUGCUGAAGCCCCAACCAUCCAAAUCGUCUCUUCGCCAGAGGUUGACGGCUUCUUCAUCCCUCUCCUGUGUUUGGUGUUGGAAGUGGUCCCGUCUCAGGUCCGUGUGUUCUGGCUCAUAGACGGGAGAGAAGAGAGUGGACUCACUGACUCCACCUGGACAAACAACAGUGAUUCAGCCACAGAGUUCACUAGGAACCAGAUUCUGGUCCAGGCAGAGGAGUGGGACAGACGAGCAGAGUUUACAUGUGUGGUGGAGUUUGAGGGGCAAAAUAUCACCAAAACACUGCUGCAGCGCAAUGGUAAUUGCAUUAGACCCAGAUUUACUAAGCGUUUGCACCUGUUCUUCCAGUAAGGGAUUUAACACUUUAAACAAAGAUAAAACAUUAACCUAUCUUUAUUUAGACUUCUUUGUCUUUAUUUUCACCAUAGAUUCCAAUGCCAUGUGCACAAUGCUGAUGUAUGGGACCUCUGCAGCUGCUCUCCUCACCAUAAUAGUUGCCGUCACUAUCGCUGUGUGUCUGCACCGU